UCUCUCUCUCUCUCUCUUUGUGUGUGUGUGUAUGUGUUUGAUCCCGUAAUACGAAUAGGAACACAGUGCAGGAAAGAGGGAAAGAUGAAGAAGAUACUCCGUUCCAGUAGUCGUGCCGAGAAACCCCCGGCCGAGAUGAGCACGACCGGCGGUUCCACCGAUGACAGCUCCGAGUCUCCGGCUUCCACCCCCUGCGACGUCGACGACCACAACGAUCCCUCCUGUUCGAGUUUACCCCAGACCGUCUCCUUCUUCGCCCACCCGCAGCAUGAUCUGACGUUAGUCUCCAAGGUCGACGAAGUGAAGGGAUCAGAGGGCGAGUGCAAGCUUUGCUUCGAGAAGCUGGAUGCCACGUUCUACCACUGCAAGGCGUGCCUGCUUAGCUACCAUCCGAUGUGCGCGCAGCUGUCGCCCACGCUGAUUGAGUCAGCGUCGCACCCGGAACAUGAGCUGGCGCUGCGAGGGUAA